AUAAGUGUGGCACUUAUACCCAAACAGCUACAAUGUCAGAAAAGGUUCUUUGACUGCGGUGUGAAGUUAAACCAGGAUGGCCGUCCACCGGGUUCCACUAGUCUUGUUAGCCUGCGGCUCCUUUAAUCCUAUCACUAACCAGCACAUGAGGCUGUUUGAGCUGGCCAGAGACCACAUGCACAGCACAGGCCUUUACCAGGUGGUGGGUGGCAUUGUGUCUCCAGUGAGUGACGGCUAUGGAAAGCAAGGCCUGGUGCUGGCUAAGCACCGAAUUGCUAUGGCGAAGCUGGCGCUCCAGAGCUCCGACUGGGUCACAGUUGACGAAUGGGAGAGCCAGCAGCCAGACUGGACGGAGACAGUGGUCACCAUGAGGUAUCAUUAUGGCCGUAUCUUAAAGGAAUAUGAGCAGAGCAAGGGAACACACAACCACUCCAAUGGAAACUCCACUCCUCUCUCAAGCCCCGCUCCACAACUGAAGCUCCUGUGCGGGGCCGAUUUCCUUGACACCUUCAAAAUCCCAGGCCUGUGGCGGGACGACCACGUGGAGGAGGUGGCUGGGCAUUUUGGCCUCAUCUGCGUCAGUCGAGGGGGGCUGCAGCCCGAGCUGGCUGUACACAAAUCAGACACGCUUUCAAACCACAGACAAAACAUUUACCUGGUGAGGGAAUGGGUGAGGAAUGAGACGAGCGCCACAGAGGUGCGGCGGGCUCUGAGACGGGGGCUGAGUGUCAAAUACCUGAUCCCAGACAAUGUGAUUGAAUAUAUUCACCAGCACAACCUCUACACCGAGGACAGCGAAAGGAGAAAUAAGGGCAUGGUGCUAAAGCCGCUCGCCAAACAGGCACAGCAGCCAGUGAAGAGUCUGGAUGACUGACAGACAGACUGCUGCAGCACUGAGCUGAAAUCCUUGAAGUGGGAAUUCACUGACAGAUCAGUGAUUCUCUACAGGGGCUGGAAGCUCUGUUUACUUCCACUGGACUGCAGUGUGAUAGAGAUGCAAACAUCUGCAACAACUUUCAUGUUUUUUCCAGGCAUCACUUGUUUUCAGUAGGAACCAUCUGCACAGUUCUGUGGUGUGUUUCGAAUCAAGGACAUUCAAUGUUGCAAAUCUUGAGCCUCAUCAUUGUGCCAGUGUUGAAUGAACAUGCAUCUCUUAAGUUUUCCAUACCAUAUAGUUUUUCACAUUGCUUUUCACAUUGUUGAAUGUAAAUAAAAUCCUAUAUAUUUGGA